UUGCCUUCCUCCCUCCACAGCGCCCUCCUCCAUCUAGUGUGUGUUCUGGUAGUGAGUGGGAGACCCUUCACAGGAAGGAAAGGAAAGGGUUAAGGAGGUUUACAGGGUCCAGAUCGAUGCCCCCUCUCCUCCACAGCGGCGCCAUGAACAAAUGAAUUCGCGGGGACUUAAAUAUCCAUUUCACAGAGAAGGAGAGAGAGUCCUGUGCUUUGAACCAGACCCCACCAAGGCUCAAGUGUUGUACGACGCCAAGGUCAUUGAUGUCCUGAUUGGUGGUGAUGAACAUGGAAGAAGAAUCCCAAAGUACCUGAUUCACUUCAACGGUUGGAACAGAAGCUGGGAUCGUUGGGCUGCAGAGGAUCAUGUCCUAAGGGACUCUGAGGAAAACCGUAAAUUGCAACAUAAACUGGCUCGAAAAGCACUAGGUCGCAUGAAGAGAAAGGGAUGGGCGAAGAGGCGUCGUCGUCAGUCUGGUACUAAAUCUUCUCUGAAGACUCUCCCCAAGGAGGACGACAGCGAUGACGCAUGUUUGAUUUCAUCUUCAGAGAGCAGUGACGGGGACGACUCUGACCCUGACUCUUCAAAUAGCGGGGACAGCGCUUUCUCUGAGGAUAUCAACAAAAUGAGGGUUGAGCCCGACAUUAAUGUUAAAAGGGAAUGUGAGGAGAAGAUCGUCCACGUUGACAUCAACAUCCCGGAUACUCUGAAGAAGAAACUGGAGGAUGACUGCUUCUACAUCAACAAGAGGAAGAAGCUGGUGAUGGUUCCCUGUCAGACGAAUGUCGUGCACAUCCUCGAGUCCUACGUCAAGCACUUUGCCAUCAACAAAGCAUUCAUGGCCAAUGAGAGGUACCGGCGUCAGCAGACCACCACGCAGAGCAGCAGCCCUCAGCCAAUCCCUCCAGAGAAGAGCGAGGAGUUGUGUAAGGAGAUGGUCGACGGCCUGAGGAUCACGUUUGACUUCACCUUACCCAUGAUCCUCCUCUAUCCCUGUGAACAAGCCCAGUUCAAAAAGGUCAGCUCCUCCAGACUUUUCCUGGCCGUCAACGAAAGCUCCCCCUGCUCCAGCAAUGCCCAGCGAGAGCGCAGCCCGAGCCCGUUGGGGCACAACCCGCCCACCCCCCAGUCCACAGACAGCCAACCGGCACUGAGCGACAUUUCUGCCACCACGCCCACUGCCCCGGCCCCAACCCCGAAGCGCCGGCGCCACCCUGACAUGGACUGCAUCUCGUUCCAGUCGCAGUCACUCAGACGCUCCACCAGGAAUACGUCUGGAGGUGACCGGCCAGCUGAAGGAAGCAGUGGAGGUGGAGGCAGUGCCACAGCAUCCCCGCAGCUCAAACGCCGUUUGGUCGACACCUCCUCCCAGCCCAAGUUCUUCCUCAACCUCGACAGAAAAACCCCAGUGCACAGCGGCUCCUCUUCCCCGUUGCCCUUGACGCCAAGCAAAGAGCGAAGCGGGCCUUUCUACGGCCUCGAGAGCCGGAGAAACAACGAGCUCAAUGAGGUCCUGAGUUGGAAGCUGACUCCUGAUAAUUACCCUCUGCACGACCAGCCUCCUCCACCCUCCUACCUGUACGGAUCGCAGCACCUCUUGCGGCUUUUCGUGAAGCUUCCUGAGAUCCUGGGAAAAAUGCAGAUCCCAGAGAGAAAUCUCCGAGCCCUCGUCAAGCAUUUAGAACUCUUCCUCAGGUUUCUGGCCGAGUUCCACGAUGAUUUUUUCCCUGAGUCCGCAUAUGUGUCGGCGUCGGAGGCCCACUACAGCAUGAAACAACCGAGGCCGAUUUAUUGAAGGAGACGUCGGCCGCUGUGUUUUCCUCCCCUUGCUUGUCUCUACCCUGACCUAACCUUCAGCUUGUCUACUCUAGACUGACCUGUCGAGUGAACGGUGGAAUAAAUUGCAGCUGUCGGGAGUAUUGUGUUUUCCUGGACCAACCUCUCUUCUCCUCUGGCCUAACAUUAGUUUUCCUGCUGUUGUGGAACCAGUUGCUUCUACUAUGCCACUAACCCCUCGCCCGCGCUCUGUUUGUAGAACUGUCCUGCAUGUCGAUUUGCUUCAAAGCACUGCUCCUAGGCAUGUCGAGAGCUGUGUGUUGGCAUGUGCUACCUUUUUUUGUAGGCCUCAUAAUUAACAUGAGAUAAGUAUGGUUGAGACUGGCGCUCUUCAUAGCCACGGUGUUGGAAUAUUGUGGCCUGUUUAUAGACACAGAUCACCCUGUGCUCUUGUUCUGCCCGCGAAAUAAACUUUCUUUGGAUACUCUUUAGGGCAUGUAUGCUGGUUUGCCUGUUUGGUAGCUUGGCUCCUCUUUUUGUAAGCGCUUCCUGUGCCAGUGAUCCU